CUUGAGCAACCAGUCAUGCGGUUCAGGCCAAAGAAACGGUGAAACUGUCAACAACAGAAAAACUAAAGUAGUCCCAAGAAAAGUACUUUCCCUUGAAGCAGAAAAGCUCAGAGGGAGGACGCAGGCGGAUGAACGUCCUGCAGCAGAAAAACAUCUGGAUUCUGCUCUGUGUGUUUGUCUGCUUCACCUCUGUUCAACAGUCUCUGCUCUUUAAAAACAGCUGAAGGAAUCUCUUCUCUCUGAAAUGAAGAGCCCAGCUUUCAUUCUGCUGCUCAUCUGGAGCUGUGCUGUGUGUCCCAGCAAACCAUCACCGCGAGACACAGCAGAACAGGACAGCACAGAGGGUUCUUGUGAAGGACGGCCGCUGGAUCUGGUGUUUGUGGUCGACAGCUCUCGCAGUGUCCGGCCUGAAGACUAUGAGCGGGUGAAGACCUUCAUCAAGGACCUGCUGCUGUUCUUGAACGUGGCUCACAAUGAGACGCGCGUGGGACUGGUGCAGUUUGGCAGCGUGGUGCAGAAUGAGUUCUUCUUGAACAGCUACUUUGAGAAGCAGCUGAUGUUGCGCGCUGUGGAGCGCAUGGAGCACCUGGCGUCGGGGACCAUGACGGGUUUAGCGCUGCAGUUCACGCGCGAGGAGACGUUUUCUGUGGCUCGCGGUGCGCGGCCUGGUCACAUGCAGCUGCCUCGCGUCGCUGUGGUGGUGACCGACGGCCGGCCGCAGGACUCUGUGGAGGGGGAAGCGGAUCGAGCGCGGCGGGCCGGGAUAGAGAUCUUCGCUGUGGGAGUCGGCCGUGUGGAUCUGGUGACCCUGCAGGCCAUCAGCAGCGAGCCGUACGCAGAACACGUGCAUCUGGUGGACACUUUCAGCCAGAUAGAAACACUGGUUUCUGUCUUCCACUCAAAGCUGUGUGCAGCAUCUGAUCCGUGUGCAUCAGGAAUCCACGAGUGUGAACACGAGUGUGUAAACACAGACCACUCGUUCAUGUGCCGCUGCAGGAAAGGUUUCACACUCGCUCCAGAUGGUAAAGCAUGUGGUCUGGACUGUAAACGUGGAUCUGUGGAUCUCAUGUUCGUCAUUAGUGGCUCCAGACAUGUGGGCAUUACUGGGUUUGAGCUGCUGAAGCGGUUUGUGAGCAGAACGGUGAGCGCUCUGCCAGCCGGAUCUCGGGUCGGGCUGCUCCAGUACUCCUCUAAAGUCCGCAGCGAGUUCACUUUGGGCCAGUACAGCAGCGCUAGCGAGCUCCAGCGGGCCGUCGCAGCCGUCCGCUAUAUGGGCCGUGGUUCCGUGAUCAGCGCCGCCCUGCAAUACCUGAUCCAGAACAGCUUCAGGAACAGCAGCCGAACAGCUCAGAGGAUCACCGUAGUGUUUACAGAUGGACACUCGCAAGACAACGUGCUCACAUGGGCCAGCAAGGUCAAAGCUGAUGGUAUUGCUCUAUAUGCAGUGGGUGUGGGAGAGACUGCAGAAGAAGAGCUGAAGUUUAUAGUGUCAGAGCCGCAGCAGAAACAUGCGUACUACGCAGAAGACUUCAGUCAAAUGGAGCAGAUCGCAGACAGACUGAAGACUCAGGUUCACAGCUGUGACGAUCAGCUGUCAGUGUCACAUCAGUGUAAAUGUGGGAAGACGAUGCUGUUCCACAACAUGAGCACUGAAGCUCUGUUGAGGGUUUCACAGCAAUUAGACACCGUGAUGAAGAGGAUUGAACUGUUGGAGAAUGAACUGGUGUGAGAUCAGCGGUGGAGCGAAAACAUCGAGAUCUGUGUCUCACAUCCUAAUGACAUUUAUCCCAAAUUAUUGUACUGCAUAGUUAACAGCAUAAUUCAUUUUCUGUAUGA